CCUCGAUAGCGGCGGCCUGGAUGACCGUGUUGUCUGGUUGUCCAGCGCGCUGCGCUCUCAGCGCUGACGGCUGACGAGGGACUUUAAGCAAUAUGGCGAAGUGUGUCACGGGUGGCUCGGAGUAGACGGUAGACGCAGUCAGACGCAGUGUCGUUCGAAAGAUGACAGGUUCGCGGGUCGGGUUGAGAAUAAUGUAGCGGAGAAUAAUGUGCGACGCGUGCGAGAGUAGACGUAAUCAGGUGCAGGCGUAAUCGCGCGCCGGACGGUUUUUCGCGGAUCGCGGGUGACAGUGAUACGCGAGUGCGCGCGUACCGGUGUGUGCAAAAGUCAUGGCUACGGAUAAAAUAAAGGUUGCCGUACGGGUCCGGCCGUUUAAUCGCAGAGAGCUGGAACUCUGUACGCAAUGUGUCGUCGAGAUGACGGGGCAGCAAACCAUCUUGCAUCAUCCCACCACGAUGGACAAGAUCGAUCGGAACAAGCCGAAGACUUUCGCUUUCGAUCACUGUUUUUAUUCCCUGGAUCCUGGAGUGGACAAUUUUGCGAGUCAAGAUAUCGUUUUCGACGCCCUGGGUCGUGAUAUAUUGGACAAUGCGUUUCAGGGUUACAACGCCUGCAUAUUCGCCUACGGACAAACCGGCUCCGGAAAGUCUUACACGAUGAUGGGCAGUGGCGACUACAAAGGGAUAAUACCACGGUUGUGCGACAAUCUCUUUGACAUGAUAGCGAAGCAACAAAGUUCCGAGCUCACGUACAAGGUCGAGGUCUCGUAUAUGGAGAUCUAUAAUGAAAAAGUGCACGAUCUCCUGGAUCCGAAACCAAACAAGCAAUCACUCAAAGUCCGAGAGCACAAUGUCUUGGGGCCCUACGUGGACGGGCUGAGCCAACUGGCGGUUACUUCUUUUCAGGAGAUCGACAACCUCAUGGCGGAGGGCAACAAAUCGCGAACAGUCGCGGCGACAAAUAUGAAUUCCGAGAGCUCCCGUUCGCAUGCCGUAUUCUCGGUGAUUCUCACGCAGACUCUAACGGAUUCGAAGAGCGGAGUCAGCGGGGAAAAGGUCUCGCGGAUGAGUUUGGUGGAUUUAGCUGGGAGCGAAAGGGCUGUGAAAACCGGAGCAGUGGGUGAUAGACUUAAAGAAGGAAGCAAUAUUAACAAGUCUUUAACGACGUUGGGUCUAGUCAUUUCAAAGUUGGCGGAUCAAAAUUCCGGCAGCAACAAGAAGAAGGACAAUUUUGUCCCCUACAGAGAUUCUGUUCUCACGUGGCUCUUGAAGGAUAAUCUUGGUGGCAAUAGCAAAACUGUCAUGGUAGCCACAAUAUCACCGGCUGCCGACAAUUACGAGGAAACACUGUCGACUCUCCGGUAUGCUGACAGAGCAAAGAGGAUAGUCAAUCAUGCUGUAGUUAACGAGGAUCCGAAUGCUAGAAUUAUUCGCGAACUCAGACAAGAGGUUGAAACCUUGAAGGAAAUGUUGUUACAUGCCACAGGAUCGAUUGUCGGUCAACAACGCACAGACAUCACGGAAAAACUAUCGGAAUCGGAACGAUUAAUGAAGGAAAUGUCACAGACGUGGGAAGAGAAGCUAGUGAAAACCGAGAGACUGCAACACGAGAGGCAGCAGGCUCUGGAAAAAAUGGGAAUAAGCGUACAAGCGUCUGGUAUUCAAGUAGAGAAGAGCAAAUACUAUCUGGUCAAUUUGAACGAUGAUCCAAGCUUGAACGAAUUAUUGGUUUAUUACCUCAAGGAAAGGACCCUUGUAGGCGGCCGUUCAGCCAAGAGGGAACAGGAUAUUCAAUUGCACGGCUUGGGUAUUCUGCCGGAACACUGCGUUAUCACGAUAGAAGAAUCAGGCCUGUACAUGAUACCAUUAAAUGGUGCUCGAUGUUUUGUCAAUGGUACGCAAGUUGUAACCAAGACUCUACUACAGCAUGGUGAUAGAAUCGUUUGGGGAAAUCAUCAUUUCUUCAGAGUCAACUGUCCAAGAAGUGCUACAGCAAUCAACAGCGAGCCGCAAACUCCCGCACAAAACAUUGACUACAACUUUGCAAGAGAAGAGCUCAUGCUUAACGAACUUUCGAACGAUCCGAUUCAGAGAGCUAUAGCGAGACUGGAGAAACAGCACGAAGAGGAUAAGCAGGUUGCGCUCGAGAAGCAGAGGCAGGAGUAUGAACGACAAUUUCAACAAUUACGCAAUAUACUAUCUCCCUCUACGCCGUAUUCACCUUACGUACCUUACGAUCCUCUGAGAGGUAGCCAAAGUGGAAAGCUCCCGGCUUGCACACCAACGACGCAAAUGCGAGUUGAAAAAUGGGCUCAGGAACGAGACGAGAUGUUCAAGCGCAGUUUAGGUCAAUUGAAGACGGAUAUCCUAAAGGCUAAUUCAUUGGUACAAGAAGCUAAUGUCCUAGCUGAGGAGAUGGGCAAACAGACGAAAUUUAGCGUCACCUUGCAAAUUCCUCCGAAUAAUCUAAGUCCGAACAGGAAGAGUGUAUUCUUUCAGCGAGGCGCGUUUGUCAGUGAGCCCGCAAUUUUAGUGAAGAGGACAAAUAUGGGAAGUCAAGUUUGGACCAUGGAAAAGCUAGAAAAUAAAUUAGUCGAUAUGCGAGACAUGUACGAGGAAAGAAAAGAUCCUCACAAUUGUCAACGAUUACCUGCGAUUAGGGACGAAAUACCAGGAAAAACACUAGAUCCGUUUUACGAAUCCCAAGAGAAUCACAAUCUUAUCGGAGUUGCAAAUAUUUUCUUAGAAGUGUUAUUGCACGAUGUACGGUUAGAUUAUCACACUCCGAUUAUUAGUCAGCAAGGAGAAGUCGCUGGCCGAUUGCAGGUCGAAAUAAGUCGCAUAUCCGGGCAAUUUCCUCAAGAUCGGAUUUGCGAGGCUGCUUCGGAGUCUUCCGCGGACUCGACGUCCUCCGAAACGGAGGAUUAUUCCGGAGGAUCUAGCCACAUUACCUGUCGUGUAACGAUAAAGCAAGCUACCGGAUUACCACUCUCGUUAAGUCAUUUUGUGUUUUGUCAAUACAUGUUUUGGAAUCACCCAGAACCGAUAGUAGUUCCGCCUAUGGUGAACGCGGAGCUAUCCAACGCGAAUUGCAUCAUUGGACAGAGGGAUUCCUUGGCAUUUAAGUUUGAUGAUACAAGAGAUUUUACCAUACCCAUUACGGAAGAGUUUAUGGAACAUGUCGCCGAAGGGGCAUUGAGUAUAGAAGUAUGGGGCCAUCGCAGCGCAGGUUUCUCACGUAGUAAACCUGGAUGGGAAGUGGAACAGCAACAAUUGGCAAAAGCUAGAUCGCUCGCUGAUCGGUGGUCCGAAUUAACGCGAAAAAUUGAAUUAUGGGUGGAGAUACAAGAGCUCAAUGAGCAGGGAGAAUAUUCGCCUGUUGAAGCUGUAGUGAAGCAAGACACGUGCACAGGUGGCAUUUAUCAACUUCGGCAAGGCCAACAACGUCGCAUACAAGUUCGAGUAAAACCAGUACAAAAUUCCGGAACCUUACCGAUCAUCUGUCAAUCGAUAUUAAAUAUAGCCGUUGGGAGUGUAUCAGUACGAAACCGAUUGCAAAUUCCAUUAGAUAGUUAUCAAGAUGAGGACUUGAGUAUAUUGAGAGACAAGUGGAGUGAUGCUCUAAUGAGAAGACGACAAUACCUUGAUCAACAAAUUCAGAAACUCAUCAAUAAACAAGACAAAACGGAACAAGACAUGGAGCGAGAACAAAGUCUCGUGGAUCAGUGGGUCAGUCUCACGGAGGAACGGAACGCCGUUCUGGUUCCCGCGGCGGGUUCAGGUAUUCCCGGUGCUCCUGCCGACUGGACUCCUCCUGCAGGGAUGGAGCCACAUAUUCCCGUAUUAUUUCUUGAUCUCAAUGCCGAUGAUCUCUCAACGCAUCAGUCGGGAGAAGAAGUAUCGGUGACAGGAUUGAACUCGAUCCUACCUAAGGAACAUGGAAACAAAUUCUAUAAUCUGCCCAUUAUUCGACAUCUAGAAAAAGACGUAUGUGCCAUUGCCGCUUGGGAUUCUAGUAUACACGACAACGUACAUCUCAAUAGAGUGACCGAUGCGAAUGAAAGAGUCUUUCUGAUCUUGAAGACUACCGUUCGCUUGUCGCAUCCAGCACCAAUGGAUCUUGUGCUGCGUAAAAGAUUAGCUUUAAACAUAUACAAGAGGCAGAGCAUUACAGAUAGAAUUUUCAAGAGAAUCGUUCGAACUGACUGCUUGACGCAAACCGGCGUCACUUACGAGGUAGUAUCGAACAUACCAAAGGCAAGCGAAGAGCUGGAAGAUCGCGAGAGCUUGGCGCAAAUUGCUGCCAGCGGGGAAGAUAAUAGUUUAUGCGACGGAGAAACUUAUAUAGAAAAAUAUACUCGCGGGGUAUCCGCUGUCGAAAGUAUAUUAACAUUGGAUCGAUUACGACAAAGCGUCGCUAUAAAAGAAUUGUUACAAGCACGAGGACAACCACUGAUGCGUAAGACUUGCAGUGUUCCGAACUUUUCUCAGAUUAUGAGAUUCGAUAUGUCAACGGAUUCGUUGAACGUUACUCGGUCGGAGAGUGUGACAGAUCUUAAUAUGGAAAAUGGUCUUCCGCAUCCGCGACGUGCAUCCACAGGUCAUGCAAGAAAUGACGAAAACUUUAUAUCUGCACCACCAAAGCCAUUUGGAAUCGGCUCCAUUCUGAACUCAGCGAGACCAACUUUCCUGAAUCUGAACCUGAAUCUCAACUCAUUGACACGUCUUCAACAAUCUACCUCUGCCAAGUCGUCUCCCAAUAUGGUCAGCAGUAAAUUGGGUCCUCGUAUGACUACAUUACAUGAGGAAACGUCAAAUGUGGGGAACCAAGCGUCUACUCCUAUCAAUGACGAUGACGAGGAGAAAAGCGACGCCGAUUAUUCUGAAUACGAGGCAUAUCAGGCUCCACCGAAACCGGUAAAGCCGCUAACUUCCUCACGCACAUUGGAUUCUCUGGUCGAACUGCAAUCGACGAAGAUCAAUACGCCAAGUAUGAGUAGCAGCGGGUACGGUUCUCAAGCUGUUUCCACGACAAACCUGACAUCGGAAGAUUCCAUUUCUAUCAAGUCCAUCAGCGUGGAUGAGACUCCAGAUCUCGAAUACCGUAAUCUUCUCGACAGCAAGAAACCCGAGAAAAUGGACAGUUCCCUCGUGGAGGAAACGCCAGAGGAGUACUUGAGCGAAGUAAACUCCGCGUUGGAUAACUUGAACAUCUCGCUAAGCGCUUGCACGGAGGAACACACUAGAAAAAAUCUGGAAGAAAUGGGAACGUACAUGGAUACUGAUAUCGAUAGUCCAGUUUCUUCUACAAAGAGUGAAAGUGAGACCAAUAGCAACAUGUUUCACGUCGAGACUCAAAGGAAAAGUACACAUGAUCAGGUUCUUAGUGAUAGAAAAAACGAGAUGGAAAUCAGUCAAACGUCCAAUUCAGGAGACGAUAGUCCCUUGGAGGGGUCUUGGAUCGUACAUACCAAACUGCCACCUGGCAAAGUCGUGCGAAGAAGAAAGACUUCUAGCAGUACAGGAAGGCCUACCAGCUCGCAGCAUAGAGCUUCGUUUCCUAUGGUCCGUCCACAACUUUCUGAGAGUAAGGCUGCGGUACAUUUGGAGCAAACGCUACAACCUAACAUGUCGUAUGAAAAUGGCGACAAUAGCUCUUCAGAAAGAAUCGAUGCGGAUGACGUUAGCGAUAAAAGUUCAGCGUUUGGUUCAAGACACGAUUUAACUCGAGUGGAAACUCCCCUACCAGACUGGAUCGUUGUUGGUGAAUCUGUUUUGGUUCGUCCUUAUAGUUAUUCCGGAGUUAUAGCAUACGUCGGUCCCACAGAGUUUGCAUCGGGAACCUGGAUAGGAGUUGAACUUGAUGCUCCGACUGGCAAAAACGAUGGUGCUGUCAAUGGCCAUAGAUAUUUUACAUGUCGAUCGAAAUGUGGUAUAUUCGUUAAAAUGGAUAAGCUAAUUCAAGACAGACGAGGAAGGGCACUUAGAAGCUAUACAAAGCAAGAAUCUACACCAUCCACAUCAAUGCGCAGGAGUAUUAGUAAAGGCGAAGGAUUACAUUCCUUGCACCGAAGUCGCAGUCGAGGGGAAGGCCUCUCUACUACAGGUACACGUUCUUUUCCACGCGGCAAGUAAACGGAUCACACACUGCUUCACCAUUACUUCGUGUUAAUAAAAGCCACAACAUAAAUAUCCCAAGUGCUACAUGCCUAUACGAUACAUGUAGCAGCAAUGUUUCAGUCCUUUAGACAUUAGGGCAGCUAUUGAUUAUUGAAAUUACUAUAAAGUAAUAUUUGAAAUAUUAAAUCAUUAAUGUGUACUACGCACGAAGCAUAGGGUAUUCUCGACUUGUCAUGUCCUAUGAACAACGUUAUCCACUUCGUUACUUGGCUAGGGAAGAAGGGGGGGAUAGCAUAAUUGACCCGUGCAUAAUACAUGUCGCCAUGUAUCGAAAGUCAGUUGCGAUACUUAUUGACUUACGAGCAUUCCACAAGUUUACUUUAACGACCACGUAUUACGAACCAUUUGUGUUUUAUACCAGAGGAAGGAAAUAUACUUUGCGAUUUAAUUGUACAUUUUAAACCAAUCAAAAGUUAGCAGGACAUCUUUCCUUUUCUCGAUAUGUCAAUCUGAAUAUAUACACGAUAACUACAAUUUGAUGUACAUAUUCCACGUAAUGAUAUUUUAUAUUUAUGAAAUCGGUCCGUGUCGAUACAAUAGACGCGAUAAUAAUAUACCGAAUUUAAUCUUGGCGUUUUUACAAAUCAUUGGACGAUACACUUUCCAAAAUUACCACAUGGUAAUUUAUAGGCCGGAAAAGUGCCCAAUGAAAGGACAAAUGUCGAAAAACAUUUUGCAUACAUAUAUUUUACCGCGUUAUGCAGAUUAUUUAAAAAGAUUUUAUAUGUAUACAAUUGUUUCAUAUAUUGUAUUUUUUUUAGCGCGAUUCGUUAAGUUCCUUUUUAUUGUAAUAUACAUCUCUUGUCACCGUUGUCCCAUCACGUGAACAUGACAUGCCUUAAUUUAUAUACUGCAUUCUAACUGCGUAUUGUGUUUUUUUGGAGAUUGCAAACUGAUUCUUAAAUACCGUUGUUAAUUGUUUUAAGAGACAAAUUGCAAGUCCAAAGAUACAAUGUCUAAUAGAGUUGCAAUAUUAAGUUCGUAGACUUAAGUAGUAGAAACUAAAUAAACGAGCUUGUUCCAUCGUAUCAGUUGCGUAACUAACGUUAUAUUCAUCCAGCUUUUUGAUAGAUACUUGGAUUACCCACGUUAUAUCACUUUAUUCACGCACAGCAUGGAUGUCGAAGCGGACGAUUGAUAUACAUUUCGUAUCCUGUAACGUGAUUUGCUCGUUAACGGAUAUUUUUUUCACUUGUGGAGUAUUAAACUUGGCUUUAUGUCAAAAGCCAUUACGUACGUAAUCACAUCUUGCGUGAAAUCAAACGGCGAAAACUACUAUAUUUUUCUCUUACUUCACGAAAUGUAGAUUGUGUCGUAAAGGAAUAUGAAAAAAGACAAAACGUAAGCAAUUAACAUUUAAGAUAACUCGUACAUUCGCCCAAAUUGUGAAAACAGCUCCUGUCCAAUUAGAACAAUACUUAUAUUACCAAUAAUGAGUAUAUUACUGUAUGUGUAAUAUUUAUGGAAUAUAAUAAUAUUAAUAAUAAUAAUAGUAACAAUAAUAAUAAUAAAUAAUAAUAAUAAUAAUCGCUGCGGCGCAAUGUUUCCUUAUCGUGGCAGACAAUCUUCCCCGGUUUUAUGUACGUAAAUAACAAUUACCUCUGCGAGAAGGAAACCUUGCAACCAGCGGUAUCUGUCCAUUUUUAGUAAUCGAGAUUGUUGAGGAAGAAACACAAAUUAUAUGAGUCCACGUGUCACAGUGAUACUACAUGUCUGCCCGGCAUAACAUUAAUAAAUUCUGCAAUUAUUAAUUAUUAUGCAUCUUCGGUUCUUGGUACACAAUCUUGGCAAUCGACACUUGCAUUCCUUUCGACGCAUUGGAACUCGUAUGUCAUCCGUAAAGCAAGAUUUACUCUCUUGCUCUUCUUACUUUACGGACACGCACAUUAUUCGACACAUAGGAAGAAUGACUCAAAAUUCAAAAAAAGAAAAAAAUCACGAUUCCACUGUGUACUUUGGUGCGUUAUCGAUCAAUUCUUGAAUAGUGUUUUUCCGAAUCCCUUAAUUGUAAGGCGAUUAUAUCCAGAGUAUAAUGUCAUUCUUUCCUACAACACAAACACGCAGAGAGAUACGGAGAGAAAAUAUAAAUUAAAUAGAAACAGAAGGAAAUGUAAUGGGGGGAGGGGGAGUGAGAGAGCACCAACGAUAAUCUCGGAACAAAGAUUUCUUUUAAUCGCAGUCUUAUGAGUGGUCGAUGUUUAAGUACUGUUUCCUUACGUUGUCGGGAAAAACAAUGUUCGCGAGAAGCUGCAGCGGAGCAUUUAACAUUGAGAGAGCUUACGCAGCCUAUUCCAUCCCGCAAUAAGACAAUGUCCAUUUUUACCGUUACAAUUGUCUAAAGAUAAUCGUUCAUGCUAUACUUUGUACCCUAAGUGAUUCUAGAAUAUAUUUUCGACCAAUCGGUUUUACGAAUGUCUCUAGAAGACUUCCGAGUUUAACAUUAUCCGCGAUCGCUGCGAAUAUGACAUGAUCGCUCGCGCUCACGGUCCAAGUUCCAAAGGGUCGCGGACGGGAGGUCCAUGAUUUAAAUCGAGUCUCCUAACUAUGGCUGUGAAAUCAAUCUAUAUUUUGCUGUUCACGUUGCUCCCUCGUUUUUAUCCUCGUGUCGAAGUAUCCACGAGCAUCGAAUAUUAUACGUGACUCCAUUAAAAUACCAAGUCGAGUAUCAAAUGCGAAAUUGCGAAACCAAGACGUUUUUCGAACGGCUGCCGGUACGAUCACGAUAACUCAAUUUGGGUCCUUGAAAUGUUUAGUAGUUUUCGGAGGCAUUUUCCGACCAAUAGAUACUAAAGUAACUAACAAUUACAAACGAAAAGAAAGGAAAAAGAAAAUUCCAGUCCGUAAACAAAAAUCGAACGCGUGGGCAAAAAUACACCCUUUAUAUUAUGGUUCGGAACUUGAAUCAUCGUCAGAAUUGUCGUCACUGCCAAAAUCAAAUUCUUCAAAAGUAUCGUUCAACUUUUCACGCGAACGUUCUUUCUUUUACUUGAAAGUAGACACUCCGCCUGCGGCGAAGCCUCUUCCCCGCAUAAAUAAGAACUCAUCUAACUCCAAGCCUAUUUCUAAAAACUUGAAAUUAAAAUUUAGUCGAAACAGGGACAAAUAUUGAUCAUAGAAUUUUUUUAACUAUUUUUUCUGUGUUCCUCGCCAAAAAUGCCUUUGAAAACCAUCACUUACAUUUCAAAGGGCCAGAGUUACCGUGAUUGUCCCCAGCUGCCGAUUAAUUAUGUAAAUUAAUUACGUAUCUGUUCAUCGACGACGCAGUCGCGCCUUUAACGACGGGUACAGCUCGAGAGCAGUUUCUUUUCGAUCGCGCUUUUCCGUGACACGUGAGCAUAAAGUAUUGUAUAAAAGCAUCGCGCGCAUCGAACAAAUUCAAGGAUCGCAUCGACAAGACGAUCGAGGAGGACCAUUUUUAUAACAAAAGGAAUAAUAUCAACGACGUCGAGACGUGUGUGUGUGUUUGUGUGUACAAUUUAUGCAGUAAUUUCGUUUUUUAGUUCGAAAAAAAAAGACAAAGAAAAAGCUUUUCUCGACAUUAGUCUCAUAAUUUUUUUUUUCGGCCAAUAACGUUAAUUUUUAUCGGAUAUCUUAACGUGUUCGCGCUUAUGUAAGUGCGAUACGGCUACGCUUUCUCAUAAUAUUCUACGCAACACUUGGUUGAAUUCUAUCCUUGUCGCGAAAGCGAUUCAUUUCUCGUAAGUGUCUCGUCGACCGCAUUUGUCAGCGGCCACGUUUCAUUGUCGUCAAUUACACGAAAAAGUGCGAGAGUACGUAUAAUAUUGAAUUCGGAACUCUUCUAAACCAUCGUCGCGUCGCGGUGAGAUCGUUCGAACGGUCACGCUAAUGUAAAACCUAUAUAACGUGUAUAUGUACAACGUAAGCCUCGAGAUUGGUGGUUAUAUUUUAAUGUAACGUAUUAAAAAAAAGAAGAAAAAAAAACAAA